CGGACAGCGACAGCGACGGUGAAGACGAUAGCAUGUAUCCGUUGCACGAAAAGGUAUUUGUAGGCGAUGUCCGACGAGUUUCCGCUCUCCUCCGGACCCACGACGUCGCUAAGAAGGACGUUCACGGAAACACGCCUCUUCACUUGGCUGUCAUGCUGGGACAGAAGGAAAGUGUGUGCAACUUGCUCUUGGCACACAAUGCUCCGGUGAAAGUGAAGAACAGUCAAGGGUGGAACUCCUUAGCAGAGGCUGUCAGCUAUGGGGAUCGUCAGACAAUACUCUCCCUGUUGCGGAAACUCAAGCAGCAGUCGCGGGAAGCAAUGGACUUCCGGAGGCCAGAUCUCGUACGCAUCUUGGAACUCAUGGGGGAUUUUUAUAUGGAGCUCAAGUGGGACUUCCAGAGUUGGAUCCCAUUGGUCUCAAGAAUACUGCCAUCAGACAUCUGUAAAAUUCACAAGAAAGGAUCAAACAUCAGGUUAGACACGACGCUCGUCGAUUUCAAUGACAUGAAGUGGGAGCGAGGAGACAUUACUUUCCUUUUUACGGGCAACGACAAGCCGUCCAAGUCCCUAACCGUGCUGGACAACAAUUUAAAGGUCUACCAGAAUGUCCGUUAUGAGGAUACGGAAACGGAGAUUGAGGACGAGGUAGACAUACUGAUGAGCAGCGACAUUGUGGCCGGCCAGAUCUCAACCAAGACUGUGACCUUCCAGAGGGCGCAGUCUGGCUGGCUGAUGCGGGAGGACAAAACGGAGAUGGUUGGCAAGUUUCUAGCUGAUUUUUACAGCAUCAGUGGCCUAACAUUUGAGUCUCGAAAAAGGAGAGAACACCUCACCGAGGAAGAUCUUCACAAAAACCGGGCAAUAAUUGAGAGCUUUACAAGAGGAAACACGAUGGUCCUAGAAAACUCGGAGCCUCAGCGGAGGAAGUCGUUACCACCGCCGUCGCGAAGAGACGUCACGUUUGAAGAGUACAUCUCGGCUACACCGGGAAACCCGCCCAUUCUGGGCCGACAGCCGGUCUGCAAGACAACUACCAAAGUUUUCAAGGCUACUUUGGCCAUGAGUCAGAACUUUCCCCUCACUGUAAAUUCCCUCCUAAACGUGCUUGAAGUGAUAGCGCCAUUCAAACACUUCAACAAGCUUCGGGAGUUUGUACAGAUGAAGCUGCCUCCAGGCUUUCCUGUUAAAAUUGACAUACCCAUCCUACCUACGGUGACUGCCCGGAUCACGUUCCAGGACUUCGAGUUCCGUGACAACAUAGACGACGCGCUCUUCGAGAUCCCCUCAAACUACUCGGAGGACCGCAACCGGUUCCCGGACUUAUGAUGCCUGGACGACUUGCUCCUGGUGACUCUCGAAGAACGGCACCGCAUCGUCAUGGCACGGCGACCUCGCCUGACCCCUCGCUCCCGCAUGGUCCGCCAUCGCCACCGUCCCGUGUGCAUCGAAGUUGUCGCCCUGGACAUUCCCGUCACGCUCGGUCACGGCAGCACUUUCUCUUCUACGUUGUCUGUCGUUUUUGACGUGUGAAAGCCCUCCCCCUUCCGGAUUGCCACCGACAUUCCCAUUGCACUCGCAGAAUCGCUUUCUUGUGUGCAGCAUGCGAUGCUGCCAAAAACCGCACCCACCUGACACUUCUCGCUCGAGGGUUGCCGUGAACUCAUCCUGGACAUUCCCAUCACUUUUGAAUCACAGCUGCGCUUGUCACCCCAACAUUGCCCAUUGUCUCCCGAAUGGUGUGACCCAGCAGGUCAUGAGGUGAGGUGAGCUCAUGUUCCUUACAUUUCCUUUCCACAACUACUCUUUCCUCCAGAUUAUUCCCACUUUUCAAAGACUGAGCUCACCUUUUCGUACUCGUCUUUUCCCAACUAUCUCGCGCCUCUUCAAAUGUACAUAAAUACACCGUUAGUCACUCGUCAUUGUCCGUCAACAUCAAACACGUUGUACGGAUUGCCGGAGAGUGCUGCCCCUUGUCGAUCCGUGUUCCUGCCUCGAUGGGCUUUCUGGACGCAAACGAAACGGCGUUGUGUGCUGCACGAAUUGUUGGCUUGCAACGCCUCGACGACACUCAGUGGAGCCUUGCGGGGCAUGGCUCCCCCCGAGUUUAUCCUCAAGCUUUUUUUUUUUUCGUCUCAUGAUACUUCAUGUACGGAUCAUUUCUGCGGCUCCAAGAUUGCUGCUCGGGUCCCUGACUCUGACAUUAACGCAAAUUUGCCCACAGCGCUUGCGCGUGAUGUACGCG